AUGUCGAACUCGUUGACUGAAGCUGCAGACAGGCAUAGUGCAGCUACAGUCGAAUUGAAAGAUGAUACAGUCAUUGUCGUUCUUGGAGCUUCAGGGGACCUGGCCAAAAAGAAAACUUUCCCCGCGCUGUUCGGAUUGUACCGCAAUAAAUUCCUUCCCAAAGAUAUCAAGAUCAUCGGAUACGCACGAACAAAAAUGGACCAUGCUGAAUUCAUUCGAAGGGUGCGGUCAUAUAUCAAGAUCACCACACCGGAUAUUGAGAAUCAGCUUACCGGAUUCUGCAAUAUUUGCACGUACGUCUCAGGGCAGUAUGAUCAAGACGAUUCUUUCGUAACCUUGAACAAGCAUCUCGAGGAUCUCGAGAAGGGGAAAAAAGAACAGAACAGAAUCUUUUACAUGGCACUUCCACCCAGUGUCUUUAUAACUGUCUCCCAGCAUCUGAAGAAGAAUUGCUAUCCGGAGAAUGGUAUUGCAAGAAUCAUCGUAGAGAAGCCGUUUGGAAAAGAUCUCGGAAGCUCGCGAGAGUUACAAAGAGCACUGGAACCCGAUUGGAGAGAGGAGGAGAUAUUCCGUAUCGAUCAUUAUCUUGGAAAAGAAAUGGUGAAGAAUAUUUUGAUUCUGCGAUUUGGGAACGAGUUUUUCGGGGCUACCUGGAAUCGCCAUCAUAUUGAUAACGUUCAGAUCACAUUUAAAGAGCCAUUCGGUACGGAAGGCAGAGGGGGUUACUUCGACGAAUUUGGCAUCAUCCGUGACGUUAUGCAGAACCACCUUCUUCAAGUCUUAACGCUUCUAGCAAUGGAACGACCCAUUUCAUUUUCCGCGGAAGAUAUUCGGGACGAGAAAGUGCGCGUCUUGCGUGGAAUCGAUGCGAUCGAGCCCAAGAACGUCAUCAUUGGUCAAUACGGGAAAUCGCUGGAUGGAAGCAAACCCGCAUAUAAGGAAGACGACACAGUCCCGAGAGAUUCAAGGUGUGCAACAUUUUGUGCCAUGGUAGCAUACAUAAAAAAUGAGCGGUGGGACGCGCUGAACGAACAAAAGACGGAGAUCCGUAUACAAUUCCGUGACGUCACCUCAGGCAUCUUCAAAGACAUUCCGCGAAACGAACUCGUAAUCCGCGUACAACCCAACGAGUCAGUAUACAUAAAGAUGAAUUCGAAGCUCCCCGGUCUUUCCAUGCAGACUGUCGUCACAGAGCUCGAUCUCACUUAUCGACGAAGAUUCUCAGAUCUGAAGAUUCCCGAAGCUUACGAAUCCCUCAUUCUAGACGCCCUCAAGGGAGAUCACUCUAAUUUUGUCCGUGAUGACGAAUUGGAUGCCAGCUGGAGAAUCUUUACCCCACUUCUGCACUAUCUAGAUGAGAACACAGAGAUUACACCAAUGGAAUACCCUUAUGGCUCACGUGGCCCAUCUGUCCUCGAUGACUUUACAUCAUCGUUUGGCUAUAAAUUCAGCGACGCUGCCGGAUACCAGUGGCCCCUCACCACCACUCCAAACCGCUUGUGA